AUGAUUCGUGACCAAAUUAUUAUACGUACACCGCACGAUGCUGUGCGCACGGCUGCGUUCCAAAAGCCCCAGCCGACACUUGCUGAUGUUUUGCAGAUUGCAGAAUUGUAUGAAACAACCACUAAAACGGUGGCAACAAUUAAAGAACAAACGAUCGAAAACUCAAUGCCUGUUAAUUCAGUUGGUACAAUUUCAACAAUAACAAUAAUAAAAUGUAGCAAAAUUGGACAUAUUGCGCCAGUGUGCAUGUCAAAACAAAACAAGAACAACAAACGUAAUUCAGGUGAUGAAAACAAGAAGAAAAAUUACCGUCGUAAAAGUCACAACAUUGGUACUGUUGAAACAAUUAACAGUUUAACAGUGCUUGGUGAACUUUGCGUAAAUAUCAAAUGUGGCGGAAAAGAAAGGGAAGUGGUAAUCGUUGUCGUGGAUGUCGAAAACUGUAACAAUUUAUUCGGUUUCGAUUUAUUCAAAGAAUUCGGGUUUGAUAUUCAGCAAAUUUGUAACAUUACUGAAAGUGAAUCACACAGAAUUAGCGAGCUGUGUAAGAAAUAUGGUGAUAUUUUUGAACCCGCUCUUGGCACAAUAAAAAACUUUAAGGUCAGUAUUUUUUUAAAGCCAAAUACACAUCCGAAAUUUUACAAAAGCCGACAAAUUCCAUUUUCGCAAAUGUCACUUUUCAAGAAAGAAGUCGAUCGAUUGACAAAUGCGGGUAUUUGGAAACCUGUGAAGUUUUCCCAAUGGGUUUCGCCUAUUGUACUAGCGCCAAAAGCUGAUGGUUCCAUAAGAAUUUGUGGGGAUUUUAAACAAGCAGUCAAUGCGCAAAUUGACAUUGAACAAUAUCCUUUGCCCAUACGCGACGCGUAUUUACAAAUGGAACUCGACGAUGAAGCAAAAACAAUAAUGGUUGUCAACACUCCACUUGGGUUAUUCCAAUACCAACGUUUACCGUUUGGGAUUGCAAGCGCUCCAGCUAUAUUCCAAAGAUAUCUUGAGCAGUUACUUCAAGGCGUAGAAGGUUGUGGAAAUUAUCUCGAUGACAUCAUCAUCUCCGCACCUACAUUUCAACAACACAUCAGCCGCCUAGAACAAGUACUUCGUAUUUUGCAACAAAAUGGUAUAUUGCCAGAUGAGUCAGGACUAAAAGCAGUAAAAAACCUGCAGCCGCCUAAAGAUCUAAAGCAAGCAGAAGCAUUCAUGGGUAAGGUAAACUAUUACCAUAAUUUUAUACCUAAUUUUUCGCAAUUAUCCGCGCCAAUCAACAUGCUGCGCCGAAAAAAUGUAAAAUUCACAUGGGGUACAGCACAACAACAAGCAUUUAUAGCUCUUAAAACGCAUAUUCUCAAUGCAGCGCAAUUAGCACAUUAUCAGGAAGAUUUACCGUUGGUUCUAGCUACAGAUGCCUCCUCCUAUGGCAUAGGAGUUGUGCUCUCGCAUACGUACUUUGACGGUACAGAAAGGCCUAUUGCUUUUGCAUCUAAAACUCUCGACAUUCAUCAACGACGAUAUAGUCAGAUAGAGAAGGAAGGGCUAGCUAUCGUUUUUGGAGUCAAGCGUUUCCAUCAAUAUUUAUACGGAAGAAGAUUCACCUUGGUUACUGACCACAAACCUCUUGUUAGCAUUUUAAAUCCAAUUCAUCAGUUGCCGUCGAUGACGUCACAUCGUUUACAGCGAUGGGCUAUUAUACUAAUGGCUUAUCAGUAUGAUGUUCGGUAUCGUAAAACUACUGAGCAUGGAAAUGCCGAUGCUUUAUCUCGUUUACCUGUUGGUGAAGAUAAAACUUUUGAUCAUGAAGAAUCCUGUUUCAACAUCAAUGAACUUAACACACCUAUCGACGCUGAAAUAAUUCGUCAGCAUGCCAAAAAUGACCCAAUUCUUCGCCGCGUUUAUUUUCUCGUUACAAACGGUUGGCCUGAAAAGCUAAUGCCUCAAGAUACGGAGUACAACCGGGUUGUCAUUCCAGCCUCCCUUAAGCAGAAAAUUCUUAAACUUCUUCAUGAUGGUCAUUGGGGAGUAUCGAGAAUGAAACAGCUAGCUCGACAACAUGUCUGGUGGACUAAUAUUGACAAAGACAUCGCACAAUUAACUGAAAAUUGUGAUGUGUGCAAAAUUGCAAAUCCUGUUCACACACGUGAAUACGUAAGCUGGCCUGAAGCUGAUCGACCUUGGGAGAGAGUACAUAUCGACUUUGCUGGUCCAUUUUGUAAUUCAAUGUGGCUAAUUUGUGUCGACGCUUUCUCACAAUUUCCGUUCGUUGUACAACUAUCUACAACAACAACGGUUGACACCAUAUCAGCAUUGUCUUCUAUAUUUUCUCUGGAAGGUAUACCAGAAACCAUCGUAAGUGACAAUGGUCCGCAAUUUACAGCUGAAGCAUUCAAACAGUUUUGCUCAAAACUUGGCAUCAAACAUAUAACAACAGCGCCGUUUCAUCCAGCCUCAAACGGGUUAGCCGAACGAUUCGUCAGAUCUUUUAAAACUGCUGUUCAGAAAAACAUUGACGAUGGAUUGUCUCUCAAAUUCGCUGUAUCAAAAUAUCUUGCAACAUAUCGUGCAAUGCCGAAUGCUGAGGGUAAAUCACCUGCAGAACUUUUACAUGGAAGGCCUGUUCGUACCUUGUUGAGUCAACUGUUUGAAUCGCCUAGAAAGCACCUUGAAGCUUCGAAACGGAAAAUGAAAUUUAGUCUAAAGCAACCCGUCUUCGCUCGAAACUACGCAAGAGGGGAAAAAUGGAUAAAAGGAGUUAUUGUGAAACAACUUG